AUGGCCGUCCUGUCGCGGUCCUCCCUCCGCGGCUCCAUGCGACGGAACCCAAACGACCACCUGGACCACAACCGCCAGGGACCCCUGAUGAAAAGACAAAGGACCCUCCACGAUCUCUGGCCCGUCCACCGUCGCAGAAGCUCCCCGGACUGCCUCGACGCCACCACCCCGACCCACGAUCCUGCCUCGAGCAAAGCUCGACACGCCCUGCCUCCUGCCAAGCCAACGCGCCCACGCCCAGCAACUCGUCGCACUCGCCGAGCUUCUGCUUCCUCCGUGGACAGCGUCGCGUCGGGCGAUCAAUUGACACACCCGGCAACCCCUCGCGUAAAUGGCAAUGGCGUCACGACCCUUCGGCGUGUUGCCGACCGUGAGACUCCCGCGGGUACACGCUCCGCAACGGAUUUGCUACGCGACGAGCCGGAGUCGCCUGACCCAUUGGAUACGAUUUCUCCAGCUGUGACGGCGAAUUCGGUCAAGGCGCGUCCGGGAGUGUAUGCGCUGUCGAUCGGGUCUGAGAAUAAGCUGUUGAAAUCACCUGCUACGACGCGCCCUACUCGCCGUGGUGAUUAUGAUGUGAAACCGGAGGAGGCGGAUACAUUGCAAUCGACUGUCGAGUCGGAGGCUGUGGACGCGACGCAGGUGCAGUCGUCCGAUAUGCGACCGGCAGAUGCAACUCGGUCGCAGCAGCAGCAGCAGCAGCAGGUCGAGACGGAGCAAGAUGCUUCAGCAUCGACAGGAAACGAGAGGCGAUCACUGCGCUCUGCAGAUACCGGUUCUCGAUGUAAGAGUGAGCUAGCGCAGUAUUUCCAUAAUUACGAGCAGAUCAUCAGUCUCGAUGAUCCUAAACCCGAACUACUUGCUUUCAACACUAUUGUCACAUUAAUUGACGACCUAUCCGAACCUCUACCAUCUCCCUCCUCCGAUCCAUCACCCUUUGGCAACCCUCUACAAAAACUGUACAAUUGCGAAGUAGCUACACUGCCCGAGCCGGCAUCGAGUACGGCGGGCAUCGACCCUCUGAACGAAGACCUAUAUUUCCGUGCGCACCGCAAAUUCGAGCGCCAGGAGAAACAGCUACGAAAUAUUGAGCGUGAUCGCGCGCAGCAUGAGAAGCAGCAUGUAGACCGGCUUCUCGAGGAGCUCCGCAGUCAAGACUGGCUGCGUGUGAUGGGUCUGACCGGCGUCCACGAGAACGAGAAGAAACUAUACGAACCGAAACGUCAAAUCCUCAUCGACGAGCUCGUCUCUCUCGUCAACAAAUUCCAAGUGUGGAAGGACGAAGAACGGAAGCGCAAGUUGCUCAAGGAAAAGCAUCUGCCAGUGGGCGAGACUGAGACCGACGCACAUGGCCCUCGACAUUCACGCAAGCAAUCACGACCCGUCGAGGAUGCCGCAGAAGAAAGCUCGCCUUUACCAGAUACACCCAGUACACCAGACCCGAACGAUGUGGACGCCUGGGCCGCGCGCCAACUACAUCAAGAAGCUCGUUCGGCCUCCGUCGCCAAACGGCGCAAGUCCGUCUCGGAGAACCGCAAGUCCAAAGCUGGACGUGCUGAAGACGACCAGUCUACAGCAACAGAAACCAAAAACAACUCCAAAAAGCAAAAGCCACAACAUCUUCCACCUUCGUCUGUGGCUGCAUCACCACCCCCUCCUCCUCCCCCUCCGGCACUUUUCAUCUACCCUCCACCACCCGAUAAACCCUUUACCUCAUUCUUCGAACAACCGCACCACCGCGAGACAGCCUUAGCUGCUGUAAAUGGCACGCGGCGCGGCCGUACACAUACCAUCCUCGCUUUUGGUCAUCCCAUGCCCGACAUGCCGGAACGUGAUUUCGAACCACCGGAAGAAAUCCUCACAGAUGAGGCGAUUUACGCCUCGCAACGACAGCGGCGGUUGUUGAAGCGACGCAGUCGGGGGUGA